UGCUGUUUGGCGUCCACGGGUGAAGAGAAAGAGUAGCUGUGUGUUCUGAGGUGAGGCUUGGGAACGUCGAAGAGUGCUUUACGAAAUUGGUGUCGCUCUCACCUCUCCUUACCGCACGCCAUUUUGAAGUGGGUUGUGUGUCUUCAAAGAAGACGCUAUGACAAGCACAGAAACUGAGACGACAAGCAACAGUGCUGACCAAGCUAACACCGAAACUAAGGGGGAUAUCCCCUCCACACAGUCGGCAAGAAGUCCACCUUCCGUGCAUAAAACUGACUACGAAAAAGACACUGUAUAUUUGUAUCAGUUUGUACGAUGCCCUGUCUUGCCCUCUCUGUCACCAUUCUGUCUCAAAGUGGAAACGUGGUUGCGAAUGACAGGACUGAAAUACGAGAAUGUGGAUCACCGGCUGAAAUUCAAGUCCAAGAAAGGCCAGUUGCCGUUUGUGGAAUUGAAUGGAGUUGAAAUAGCCGAUUCGGACAUCAUCAUUAGCGAGCUGAGCAAACAGUUUGAUAAAGACCUUGAUGAAGACCUCACCGUUGACCAGAAAAAUAUCAGUCACGCUUUCAACUCGAUGCUCAACAACCACACAUCUUGGGUGAUGCGUUGGUGGCGCUACAGUCAUCCAGGCCAGUUUUUAAAGACUGCACAACUUGAUGUGAAACAAGCUGUAAAUUCAGCGCUACCUAAAAGCAUCAUCCAGUUCUUCUUCAAGAUGAGUUUCAGAAGUAACAUCAAAAAGGCUGUUGGCCAUGGACUGGGUCGCCAUAGCCGUGAAGAAAUUCUGCAGUUUGGAAAAGACGACCUGAAAGUAUUAUCUGAGUAUCUCCAGGACAAGCCCUUCUUCUUUGGAAAUGAACCACAUCUUCUGGACUGCGUGGCCUUCUCUCACUUGUGCCAGUUUUAUUUCGUAAGUUUUGGGGACAUGAAAGAAUACAUGGAUUCUGACUGCGCCAACCUAGUCAGCUUUCUGGAGAGGAUGAAGGAACGUUAUUGGCCAGAUUGGGAAGAGAUGACAGGAUCAUUGGAGUUGAAUACUCACUUACCAAAGAAGAAACUUGAAAAAGAGGAAGAAGAGAAAGAAAAAAAAGAAAAUGAGAUUGAUACGGAAGAGAAGGACAAGGAAGGAAAGAAAGACAUAGAAGAGAAAGAGAAAGAAGAAAAGCUUACAGAUAUCAAGGAGGAAACACCUAAGGAAAAUCCAAAAGAAGAAAGUGAGAAAAAAGAAUAGGGAUAAAAUUAUUAGUCGUUUUGUGAUCAUAAUAGACUUAAAUAAAUAACCGUUUUGUGGGUCACAAUAUCGACUUUGUUUCCAGUCAUCUUGGCGUGGCUAGUGGCCCUGCGCGUUAGGCCUCGUGGAAAGAUAUUUAGGUAUUAUGUGAAUUUUGCAUUUUUUUCAUUCCAAAUGUCAGGUCAGUAUUAACUACUCUGUAAAUGCUCACCUCCCCCCUUUUAUAUUGUAGCUGAUGAAUAUGCUUAGCUUACACACCUGGCAGCUGUGUUGCUCAAUGUAUUACAAAAUGCUCAGCUUCUGUGCAGCACCUCCCAUUAGAAAUCUGGAUUCUUACUUAAUCUCUCACAAGGGGAUUUUUUGGGGGGUUCAAUUUGGAUGUAUACGUGUAAAAAUGAGGGGCAUGUUUUGCAAAGCUAUUUUAACUCCAUGGGUUUUAAUAUAUAAUCUCUUUUCUGAGACUAGCAAUUAAAUCUCUGAUUUAUAUACAGAUAUAUACAAGUUGACACAGCAUGUGGAUCUAGUUGGUGGAGUUGUGAUUUUAGCAUUCUGUAAACAAAAGAGUAAACUGAACGACAAUUUUGUGGACAAGUCAAUCUUUAUAAAACAUUCGUGUGUUUUUAUGCUGCAUCGCCUUCUUCGUUUGUGAAGCAAGUAAACGUUGUCUGAUAUAUUUUUGUUUUAUAAAUGUCAAAAUAGUUUGUAACCAACGAUAUUGUGAUUAAAAUAUUGACUGUAA